UCCCCUCUUUCCCCCUCCCCUCCUGUUGCUCUCACUGGUCGAGGAGUGUGUGUGUGUGUGUGUGUGUAUGCGAGUCACAGUACCAGGAUGCCGGUCCGCUAGCAGGUGAAAAGAUCUGUCGGUCUCUCAGCUACCAGGGUGACUCUCAUCUGCCUCUCUUUCUCUCUCUCUCUCUACCUCCCUCCAUCUCUCUCUCCCUCCCUCCUUCCGUCUCUCUCUCUCUCUCUCUCAGACUCCUACCCUGUCUACUGUACACACUGAGAGCAGAUACCUACCCUUCCCUGUCAGGUGUGACCAGGAAGUUGUGUUCACCAAUCACCUGCCUCCCACAUCUCUGAACCAAGCUAUCAAGGUCUACAAGCAACCAAUCAGCAGAGUGAAGGUCCAGUGUCUCGGCCAUGGCAGACAGUCGGCAGCCCGAGGACAGCUCCUCUUCCUGGUCCUCCAACGGGGGCCAGGACCCCGGGGCUCCCCCUGCAGGCCACAGGGAGAACGGCUUCUCCUCCCACACCGACUCGCACAGGGAGAACGGUUUCCAUGGAGACGCCGGCACGCACGCGGGCGCUGCAGUGGACGAUUCUACCAACCUGCCCCCCUCCCCUCCCCCCUCCCCAUCCACCGAGCUCACUGGACCUAUGGAACGAGACGAGAGAGUAGAUGAGGCCCCUGCUCCCCCUGUGGAGGAGGAGGAGCCCCCAGACCAGCAGGAGGAGCAGCCGGCAGACAGGCUCUUAGAGCGGGCUGACGUUGUAGGAGAGUCCCAGGCUUUGCCCUGUCAGCAGGCCAAGGAGGGCCAUGAAGCCCUCAAUGGGGCAAACCAUCAAUCUGAGCUGGACACCACAUCUCAGGAAGCCCCGCAGCCGUGCCCAGAGGGAUCCGCUGUGGAUCUGACAGGAGAGCCUGCGACGGCAGGCGUUCACCCAGAGGGGGCGCCGACACAGCGCAGCCCAGAGGGAUCUGCUGGGGAUCUGACAGGAGAGCCUGCGACGGCAGACGUUCUCCCACAGGGGGCGCCGACACAGCGCAGCCCAGAGGGAUCUGCUGGGGAUCUGACAGGAGAGCCUGCGACGGCAGGCGUUCUCCCACAGGGGGCGCCGACACAGCGCAGCCCAGAAGGAUCUGCUGGGGAUCUGACAGGAGAGCCUGCGACGGCAGGCGUUCAUCCAGAGGGGGCGCCGACACAGUGCAGCCCAGAGCUCCCUGAGAGUGAGAGAGAAACACCGGAGGGAGCAGAGAGGAGUCCGUCUCCUUUGCCGGAGGAAGACUUCACCAGCAUGGUGUCCAAGCUGCACAUGCAGGGCCCCGGCACCACAGCAGAGCAGUGCCCUCUGGUGGAGGAGAUUGAAAAGACAGCCAGAAGCAUGUCAGCUCAGCUGAAGAUUGAGGAUAUGGGGGUUGGUGAGGGAGGUCCGGAUGGGAGAAGUGAAGCUACACCGUGUAAGUCAGGAGAAGAACCAUCGCCUCACGAGGAAAACAAAAACAAACUCGAUUAUUUUAAAGAUUGGAAGUUACUCCAGAGAUCCACCGGGGGCUUUGAAGGACGAUGA